AGGUUAGUCGACUGAUCCAUACUCUUAACGACAGAUGUAAAACUUUGUGUCUUCAUAUAUAUGAGUGCAAUCAAUGCUACGUUCAGUUGGUGCAAGUCACCACUGCCUCGGGCACGGGACACGGGAUUUCUCCUUUUUUUGAUUCAUUGGCCUAAUUAAUUCGAUUACAUGUCGAAGUACAUUUGUACGGUUUAAAAUAAUAUCGUUACACAUUAGAAAGCGUUGAACAAUGAAGUUGUGGUUAGUGGCGGUACAUAUAGCACUGGUGGGAACAAAUAUAUGGGUCGGUGCACAUUUUCAUGAUGAAUUGAUGAUGGACAAUGAAUUUGCGGAGUUCGAAGAGUGCGAAGAGGUUAAGCCAGGUGUGUCGAAUACCGGCGAACGUUUGUCAGAGCAGUUCAAAUCAUCGCAGAGUCAAAAUGGUUUUGUGGAGUCGGAUGGAGCGUUGGAAGAUGAUGAGGAUGAAGCGAUGACAGAAGACAGUGAUGGAGAAUACGAUCAUUUCCAGGAUGACGAAGAGUUCGAAGGAUUGGACAACAAUGGCAGAAGCGGCGGUGGUGGUGGUUCCAAACCGGAUGAACUGUCAACAUUGACGAUAACAAAAGUUCCUCUUCACCUUCGAGCUAGAUGGGAUAGCUUUUAUUUGGAAAUUCUCAUGGUCGCUGGCCUGGUUGUUUAUUUCAGUAAUUAUAUAGCGGGACGAUCAAAAAAUACUCGAAUUGCAGAGACCUGGGUGAACGACAAUGCCCAACUGCUAAUGGAGAAUUUUUCUCUCGUCGGUGACACUGGUAAAUCUCGUGACGAUCCCUCGGAAAGUGGUUUGAUUAAAGAGAGCGAGUCGCAGUACAGUCUCUACUGUACAGGACGGGUUGGUUGUGAUUCGAUGCUCGCUGAAUUGAGACUUAUCAAAAGACACGAUCUUAUAGCCGUUCUUGCUCAACUUGGGAGACCGCAAAAUGAUCAAGUCCAUCUCAAGAUCGAAUUAUCCAAAGACGAAAGUGACAAUUUCGUCCUAGCUGUUGCUACCAAAAAAACUGCUCUUCAUUUAACUAGAGAUAUCGCUGAUAUCGCUACUUACUGUCCGGAAAAAAAACCUGCCGAAAAGUUUGGAUUGCCUAGUGGCUUUUUCGUCAUGUCCGAAAUUGCUGAAGCUGCUUCAGCCAUUCUUGACUCCAGACUCGUUCAAGCCUUCAACAAAUACUCUCAGGAUAUCGAUUAUAUUCACAUAAGCGAUCAAUACAGCGGGCAGAAGCAACAAGAAGAUUCUGGCGCAUUAACGAUGCCGGAAGUAAAGCGAGUGCUUCUAGUCGGUUUAAAUAUAAGCAUCAAAGGAAGAAUAGCACAUGACAGUCCCGAAAAAAUGCGAUUACUGCUCCAGCUAACAUUUUAUCUUUUGGACAAGUUACGCCGCUUCAAAUUAUCUAAAGAGGGAAAAUCUAAGACGGACAAAAAUCGUUCGAGGGUUGAAGAAGCAUUUUUGAAAACGACUCAUGCUGCAAGAGCAGAAGCAGCUGCCCAGCGUCGUGAGGAUAAACGCAAGGCUGAACAGGAUAGAAUAUUGCAGGAGGAGGAUCCGGAGAAACAACGUAAAUGGGAGGAAAAAGAGCAGCGAAGAUUAGCAAAAAAGAGAGCGCCGAGAAUGAAGCAGCUCAAGGUGAAAGCUCUGUGAUCCGGUAGAGUUGACGAAUAGGUUUUUCUUCGUUAAUGCACGCGUCUUUCGUUUCGGACCUGAUGAUCGGAAUCUGAUCCGAUCAAAACGUCUGAAAUGAAAAUCUUUUUUUGUAUCUCAUACCAGAGUCAAGUGAAUAUAUACAAAAUUUCGCGUCCGAUUGUCUCGCGUGCGCGCGCGCAUGUGUGUGUGUGUGUGCGAGUGUGUGUGUGCUUUAAAAAGCGAAUCAGCGGCAUUUAUAAAUGAAUUUUUACCUGCUUAAAUUUUUACAUACGUUAAAGUCAUUGAUUACACGAACCAACCUGUACAAAGCGUGAGCGCAUAUAUUUUUCCUCCAUAUUUCUUAAAUCCUUGUCAUUGUCUGUUUAAUCGAAACUAGGGUCAAAACAUGUCGAUAAAUGAAACUAUAUCGUAAGAACUAGAAUCGAUGAGAAUGUCACACGAAUCAAUGAUCGAAAAUAGUUCCACGAAUCAAUUUGACUGCUGAUCAAAACAUACGUAUGAAUUAGUAAAGUUUCAUUAUAAUUCUCAUUGGAAUGUUGUGUGAAUCAUUAUAAAUCGUUUCCUUUCUGUUAAAUAUAUUUGAAGAACAAACUCGAA